AUGUCACAAAUUCCCCACCACAUCCUAAACACAUCCUGGACCCUCCACCGCCUCUCCCCCCUGCACCACAACGAGGAAUUCCAAACCCUCCUUGACAACCCUACAGCCUUCAAUACAUAUGCAGCACGCCUACGAGACCAAUUAACAGGGGACGUUCUCUCUGGUCUGCAAACCAGUCUUGGUGCUAGCGGCGUCGCAGAAGACGACACGCUAUCUAAAACGGGUGCGCUGAGAUCAUGUACCUGGGAAGGCAUACCGCGGUUUGACGAUACCUUUACUUCCGAAAACGAAGGACAAGGACAGACAGGGAUAUUAAUCAUCCUAUCCUACGAGAACACGACAUACAAAGCCGCCCUCCUCGCCUCCCCAAACAAUCAACAAAACCAGAUCAAGACCCAAAACACCCGCAAAGGAGUAACCUCCCUCCCCCUCCUCUUAACCCGCACCCCCACCCCCCUCCGCCAAACACUCCUCUCCUUCCUCUCUGCAACCUUCGACACGUACCCCUCCCCCCUGCGCCUGCCCGCAUCCUUUAUGUGCGCGGGCCUAGACACCUACGUGAACACAUUCCUGUCCAGCGGCGUGCGAGACGCGGCGGGUAUCCUGCAGGAUGCUAUGCGGGAUGUACAGCUUACGUUGGCGUUUUCGGGGGCCGUGGCGCCUAGUUUGAGGAGUUUGGGUGUUGCUGUGCCGAAGGGGUCUGUUGGGGGUUUUCUUCGUGGAAAUGGUGCGGGUGGUGAUGAUGGGGGCUCGUUCCUGGGGAGGCUUGAGGGGUAUCUUGAGAGGCAUUUGGCGAUGAAUUUGGAUUUUGGUAAUGGGGGUAUGAGUGGUAAUGGGGGUGAUCUGGCGAAGCAGCACGUGCGGGUGUCGAAGAUUGCGUGUGGGGGGUUUGUUAUCGGGAGUGAGGGGCGGAUGAAGUUGAGUGCUGAUUUGAGAUGGCAAGGUGACGACAUUAAGGAUGGGGACGAUGGUCAGAGUUCGCAGGUGUUGAGUGAGAAGGAGAGGCUUGAGUUGAGGGCGAGUUAUGCGUUUCUCUUGGGGGUUUUGCGCAGGGCUGUUGCUGGGGAGGGGCAGAUGAAAUGA